UUCAUGGCGUAAAUUCAUUGGUGUCCGCUUGUACACCAAACGCUUAAGAUACUGUAUUUUUAACAAAUUACACUGGUAAAAAAAAAGAGCAUUAAAAUCAAUCGCGAAUUGUACUUAGGGUGACAGAAAAUCAGUGCUUUUGAGUUUGACCGUGUGCCGUGAAAAAUAUUUGCAAAAUUUUUCUAUCGCUCGAAAUAAAUAUUAUUGCAAACGCACAUGGAGCCCUCCUGUCGGCGAAUUAUGUAUCCGAUAAUACCGGAAGCUGCAAUUGUGAGGAGUAUCGAAGCACUGAAGAGAUCCACGAUUGCGGACAAUGACAGACCUACUGUUCGCGCAGCAACUUUAUUAAGAAGAGACUCUUCUACUCAAGUGAUUGACGUGAACCGGUUGCCUCACAGGAAUACACCUAUCAUACAGUAUAUCGAGGUUGCCGAAACGGAAGGUCGACUCUAUUGCCUCGAUGGGCUUGUGAACUCCACCUGCUGGGUGAAGGUAGUUCCACUUGCUGAAGACUGUCAAAGCUGCAACGUUAUCUUAAUGUCCACUGACGGCGGUGUCAUAUUGAAGGCAAUAAGAAGUAUAACACCUGGUGAACCGUUACUCAUGUGGUUCACUGAGAAUAUUCUGGCGAUGAUGAACAUGCCUUUCCUGACGCCGGCUAAUAUAAGAAGCAAACGUCCCGGACGCGUUCUGGGAAUGAUUGCACCGAAUGGGCCUACAGUGAGUUUCAAGGACGCAGCAUCAUUCCCAUGGAACACUGGUCACAAUCGCUACAUAUGUCACAUGUGUCACGAUCAAUUCGAAUUUCCAAAUCCUUUGAAGAUUCACCUGGCCUUGCAAUGUGACAGACUUGAUAUCAAUCAUCUCUGGAACGUCUUGACCAGGGAACUUACGGCUCCACCAAGAACCACCCUGCCCCUGGACAUAUUCCCACAUAACGUCCAGCCCUUUCACUUCGAAUUGACCAGUUCACCUCAUACGUCGCCUACUAGGAUAUCGCCGAUCAUCGUGGAGACGCGUAUGGAGAGUACUGCGACCUUGACGGAGAUUUCACCAGGUUCCUUGAUUCAAGUUUCACCAAGCUCAUCCAUUCAUCCCUCUCCGAGCUCUUCGAUCCAAAUUUCUCCAGUUUCUUCGGCCCAUCCUUCGCCAGUUUCUUCGACCCAUCCUUCACCAGGUCCUUCGACCCAAACUUCUCCAACUACCGUGAUCCAAAGUUCACCAGGAUUGUCAGCUGAAUGUUCUCCAGUUUCUGCAACCCAAAGCUCUCCCUGCCUUUCGAAGCAACCCUCCCCAGGUCCAUCCACCCAAUCCCCACCACGUUCCUUGGUCCAGCUCUCACCUAAAUCGUCCAACCAGGUAUGUCGCAUCCGCAAGAACCUGGGGCACAGGCAUUCGGCCUUUAAGCCGUAUAUGAAUCAGCCCCACGUUUACCCUGUCCCUGUAGUAGCACAUGAAGAACCCGUGGUGCCCCAUUGCACUAGCUACCACGUGACGCCAUCUCAUGCUCAGGUACGACCUGAGCUUCACGCUGCUCAGAUGGAGACGAUCGUCAGCAAUCUUGGAAAAUCUAAACGAGGUCAUCUUUGCAUUUACUGUGGAAAGGUCUACUCUAGAAAGUAUGGACUGAAGAUUCACAUAAGAACUCACACUGGCUACAAACCUCUGAAAUGCAAAUACUGUUUGAGACCUUUUGGCGAUCCCAGCAAUCUGAACAAACAUGUUCGACUACAUGCUGAUGGAGACACUCCUUAUAGGUGUGAGCUUUGUGGCAAGGUUCUAGUUAGAAGACGAGACUUGGAACGUCAUAUUAAAUCCAGACAUCAGGAUAACGCUGAUCUAGCCUCUGAUACCUCUUCCGAUGGUACUGAUGUAUGAAAUGAAUUUGUUCUUUUAUUAUUCAUUACUGUUUUAUAUGUGUAUAUAUAUAUGUAUAGAAAUUACGAUACUUUUUCCUUGGUAGGAAGAAAACGAGAUUAUAAUAGGCUUAGAAGCGUUGAUUCAUUGUCUCAAAUUCAUUGAUAGUCAAUUUAAGGGAUGAAGAAAUCAUAUUCUAUUUAUAGCUUUAAGGGCAAAAGAAAUUUGCAGUCUUGAGGUCGCGUACAAGACAGAAAAAAUGUACUUUAAUAAGUUUAUUUUUGGACUAUUAAUUCAGGUUCAUUCAUGGGUCAAUUUAAACUGUAAACACACAAAAUAUUCUAGUUACAGCUUUAGACACACACAAAAUUACGACCUUGAAGUGGCGUUAAAAAAAAUUACUUGCAAAAAUAUUGUCCUUAUUGGGAUUUCUACGUAAUUUUAAAUGACAAAUUGGGUGGUGUGGGUAAGGGAUGACGUUCCUCAUGGCGCAUUCACGUGUUUGAGGAUCGCAAGGGUUGAUCUUCCGUAAAUUACGAAUUUACCUUAGUCACGUCGUUAUUUAAUAGGCUCAUGUCUUUGGGCAUUUAUUAUAGUUAUUUUUUUUUAAAUAUCUCCCUCUUUUAUUAUUUUAACGCAUUACUGUACAUUUCGUGCAGUAAAUAUUUAAAAAAGCAGACUUGACUGACGGCCGAACUUUAUUUCGGCAAGUUUAUUUAACGAAACAAAAAAAUUAGAUGUAUAUAAAUAUUGUAAAAUUUAUAUAUUGUUAUAGGAAACAAGCGAAUUUUUUCGCUGAUCACUUACAAUAGACUUUUAGCUAAUAAGCAUACUCUAUAUAACUAGCAACAGAUCAAUGGAAUUGAGUACAAGUAUACGGUAAAUCAUACAAGUGCCAUGUAAAAUAGUAUUCGAUAAGUUGUGCCUUUUUUCUUCUCAAUAUGAAAUGAAACUUUGUCAAACCUUUUUCCGGUAGAGCUCAUACUGUAUUCGAGCUAUCAGCGAAUUAUAGAUAUAGAACCUGCUGUAAAUAGGAUGGCAAAAAUAUUUUUAUAAUCAUAUAUAAGAACAUUGUUAACUUAGUAUGUAUACACAAUUUUUAAAUAAACUUGUUACAAGCGCA